AUAAUUUUCAGUAACUUUUAAAAAACUGAAACAUUAUGGAGGAUUGGAAAUCCGCACGCGAGGAGGACGACCUUGAAGACAUCGUUCCCCCAAUGAAUCACCCCAAUCACGGAAAUACUGAUCGCAUCGAUCAAAGUCAAGAACAUGACAAUGGCGUUCAACAAGAAGCACGCCGCUCAUCAGGGACAGGACGGUCAAGGCGUGGUUCUUCCUCGAAUCGACCCCGUCUUAGCAUCGUUGAGACCGAGGAUGACUGGGAGGAGCAGGAUGCUGCCCUCAAGAAUGCAAAGGAGACUGCCUACACCCUCCUUGAAAAAGAAUGUGCGGCAGACGAUGUCAUCCGAGUGUGGGAAUGUAUUUCGAAAUUCGUCACUUUUAAGCUGUUGGAAGGCCAAGCCGUCCGAAUUGCUGGAUUGGGGACUUUUACGUAUCGGAUCCAUAAGACGCCAGUCAAUCAGAAAACCGUGAAAGUGACGAAAGCUCCAAUCUUUCAGGUGUCGCAAUAUGUGACGCAGAUGUUCCGUUUACAACAGGAUAAGAUGAUAUCGUCCAAUGUCCCCGUAGUCCCUUUGAAUCUAUCCGUGAUUGCGGUUGAUACUAAAAUGCCACGAGGUCUGGUGGAAGGGAUUCUUACAGAAGUUUUACAAGCAUUUGCACGCGCCAUUGUUUGCAAUAAAUUGUUGGAAUUCCCCUUUCCCUUCAUUGGCAAGCUACAAAUUCGUGACCAGAAAGUGACCAUGCGAUUCUAUGACGAAUUUUGCAAAAAGUUGGGAUUUCACGUUGUUGAGACGCCAUCGGAAGCUAACCUCUUAGAAAACAUGAUUCCUGGACGAAUGACACCGCUCCGAUUACACAUUCCUACAGAACCAUUCCGUUCCGUUUUUCACCUGAGAGAAGUCCUAUCCGUUCAUGAAUUUCCGCUAGUUGUUCCCUUAACUCAAAUUGAUCGGAAAUUAGUCCCUGAAACUCUUGCAGCAUCCGAAAGUGGAGAAAAAUCUGGCAAAAACAAGCCAUUGUACGAACCACAAAAAACCGGAGACUGUGUCCUUGACUUGAUGAACGCUUGUCCCGAAGUAAUGACACGGUGCCUUCGAGCCCACUUGUACAAGACAUUUGUAGAUACGCUGGGUGAGGAAGUGGUCAAGAGUCAUUUUCGACGACGUGGAAACAAAUGUCCAUCUCGAGACUUUAGCUUUUAUAAUUUGGACAUGAACAUGUAAGUCUGGAACAAGUAAAUAAAGUAAAUGAUGCAAAAAAAC